AUCCAACUACAUCACUAGAAAACACUGCACUGUUCACGCCCAAAAUGUCUACAUUGUUCGAGCCAUCACUUUCUACCAGCGCAAUGCGGCCCCCUCUUUCCUCCGCAGACGCGCCUUCAAUGGCAGAUUCCUUGCCAAGUAUCAAUUUCGGAUUCGAUGAACUGCGCGACCGUAUGACGAAGUUCACAGUCAAAUUCGAUGCCUUUAUUGAGCAGGGCCGCAAGCGUGUCUUGGAGGAGAGAAAUCAGUUUCGCAUGAACGUUGCCGAGCUCAAAGAGGACCAGCGCAUGAAGAGGAGAGACAUUGAGAUCCUCUCUCAGAAAUCCAGCACCCACCAACAGACAGUUGCAAAAGAGGAGGCCGAGACCAACGAGAUGAAGACGGCUAUUGCAUCCCUUAGCGCACAACGAGAUGGCCAUGUUGCAACUCGAGAUAGUCUAAAGCAGCAAAUUGCAGACACGCAGAAACAAAUUGACAUACGUCUUGCAGCACAGCGCGCUCAUGCGCAACAUAUCGAUGCGCAAUCCCGAUUCAACAUACCAGAGAUGGAUUUCUGGACCUCUAAUUUGUGCAUGACACUUGAAGGAGCGGGGUUGAACGACCGACUGAAGUUUAUGUUCACACACAUUGAUGACAGGGACUGGACUAGGGAGGCAUGGUUUGAGUUGGAUACGUCCAAGUGGGAAUACGAAAUUCCAUAUUGCAAGCCUAAGUUGGAGAAGGAGCAGAUCGAGAGAGUGUUGGACAAAUUGAACGAAAGUAGGGACCUGAGAGUACUGCUUAAGGGAAUGCGGGAAUUGUUCGUCGAAGCAGUGAAAGGAUGA